AUGGGUGAGCAUGCUUCAGUGACAAUACGGAGAAAAAAGUGGUGGAUUACAUUUGCCCAAAGACGUGGGCUUCCUUCUGCUUCCCGCAUGGCGGUUUCUAAUCAGUUCCCUGCUGCUGCGCUCCUUCUGCUGCUGCCCUUAACACAAGUUCACGCACAGAGCACCACAGAAUGUUCUGUAGGAAAUGAGACACCAACAAUAAAUGAGAAUAAUCUGUGGGGGGCUGUUGUUACCACCAUUACAAUGAAGCCUGGUGUCACAGUAACAAUUGAGAGCUCAUCCGACUCCAGAUGGUUUGCCAUUAAUGGCACAGAAUUGAUUCUAACCGAUUCCUUGGAUUAUGAGACAGCAGAUGCAUUACUAGUAAACCUGCUUUGCUGGAAAGGGGGUAUAGAGGUCAAUUCUGUGAUUGUUGUAGUACAAGUUGGCAAUUUGAAUGAUAACAGCCCGGUAUUCAAGGAAACAAAUAUCACUGUAAAGGUUCCUGAGGAUACAAAAGUGAAUACGAUCAUUAUACCCGAGGACACCGUAACUGCUAGCGAUGCUGACCAGGACAACGUGCAAUAUGAACUUACAGCGAUCACCCCGGAAGCAACUGACUACUUUAACAUACACGGAAUUAAUAACCCAAGCAUUUACUUGCGCAAAACCCUGGACUAUGAUAAAUAUACAUUUAUGCAGUUAAUCUUGUAUGCAAGGGACGGGGCACCAAAUGGUAAUACAGCCACUGCAACAAUAAACAUAGACAUCCAACAAGCCGACACCAAACCGCCCUGGUUCCAACCAUGUACUUUCAUUAACGCGGACAAGAAAGUUUGCAUCAGCAGUGGCUACAUUGGAAGGGUCAACAUCUCAGAGAAAACGACUGAACCGCUGAUCCUAAAACCUGGGCCCCUCUCUGCCAUCGACCCUGACUACACUUUGAAUGAAAAAAUAGUGUAUAGCAUUGUUGGCGGAAACAAGGACGAUGUAUUCUUAUUGAACAGUGAUACAGGGAAUAUAACUAUGAACAAAGCAGCAAAUACUACAGACACGUUCAUGUUGCAUGUCAUGGCCACCCAGGCCAACAAUGCACUGAGAUACUCCUUCACCACAGUAGAGAUCAAGGUCAUCACUAAAAGUAGCCACGCACCAUACUUUGAAAACUCCAGGUACACAGGGACGGUGUCUGCCGGGCUGGCCACUCUCAGUCUGGUCAUGGACUCUAAAGCACCUUCAAUACCCCUGAAGAUCUUUGCAGCCGAUGACGACUUCCCUAAUAAACUCAACCCUCAAAUCAUGUACAACAUUCAAAACAGCAGCGAUUUCACCAUAACCAGAGAUGGACUUGUCCUGACAAACACAAUGCUGCAGUCAGCCGCGACUAUAACAGUGUUGGCUACUGCUACCGAUGAGGAGAGUCUGCAGGAGGCAAACACUGUGAUCACUGUGGAGGUCACACCUUCCACAGGUACAACUACUCUUCCUACCCCUAGCACCACCACCACCUCUGCUGCUGCUGGGACAGGAACCACCACUCCAAAACCUUCUGGUUCAUCAUCAGCUUCACCACCUGGAGUAACUAACACGGCCUCUACAGCCAAUUCUGGACCCACAAAAUCCACUUCUUCAGUGAACAUGACAACCAACAAUGCUGGCACACCUGGGCCCACUGGAAAGCCUGUGACAGGUACUCCCUCCGGCUCACUUAUCCCUCCUCUUGUAACCACAGCGAAGCCUGCUACCACAAAGUCUUCUACCAGCAGAGUAUCCAGCAUGCAUCCAGUGGGGCCUUCAGAAUCCAGAACCACCAAAUUCCCCAUAACAGGAACAAACCCAGGUGGAACUGUUCAAUCCACUGCUCUGCCAUCUUCCCCAUCUGGCGGGCCCAGUCCUCAUCUUACAUCAACUCCAGUAGCAAGCAGAUCUCCGAGGCCAUCAGACCCCGUGUCUUCUCAAACAUCCUUCACAAACAGUCAUCAGACAGGCACAAAAGAUGAGAGAGCUAACUUGCGCUACACUGCACAGGACAUGGCUGCUGUAGGCGCCACAUUGGCGGUAUUUCUGCUAAUCGCCUUACUCGGACUUGGAUUCGUUGUCCGCAAGCAGUGUAGAAACACAAUUGAGCGUCUGGUUGGAAAAAAGAGAGGCGAAGAUCCCAUUGAGGAUUUAAGUAACCAAGGCUACCAAGAUGAUAAAAAUCCUCUUUGGAGCACGAAAGACGACGAGUCGCUAAGAAGCGACACUUCGGAGAACGGUACUCCUGUCGUGCAGCAGCAGUCAGACGGCUUCCUUCCUCCGGAGCCCGCAGUGGAGAGCAGCAUUGCAUCAGCUUCCGCCGCCAUCAAGGGCGGGGAAGAGAACAAAGAGGGAAAGGACACCGACAGCGAUAAAGAAGUGAAAUCUAUCCUCACAAAGGACAGGAAGACAGCGGACGAUGGAUACAAAGCUGUGUGGUUUAAGGAUGAAAUUGAUCCAGACACCAAGGAUGAUGUUGUAGUGAUUGAAGACCAGGUGGAAGAGGAAGUUGAUAGCGAUGAGGAUAAGAAUGAGGACGAUGAGGAGGAUGAGCAGGGAAGUCAGCACGGUGACCCAGUGGUGUCCUUCAUUCUAGACAGAGCUCAGCUCCAAGCAACGGAUGGGAACCUCAAACCUGACCAGGAUGCAGACACAGGAGACGACAUUUUGUUAUAG